AUGCUCCAAGCCAGCCGGUCGUGUGGCCCUCGUAGGGCUUGGUGGCGUGGGCAAAACGCAGCUUGCCAUCGAAUAUGCGCACCGCGUUACCGACCGAGUUGUCGAGGGGCAACCUGGAACAUGGGUAUUUUGGGUCUAUGCAGGCACGAAGGCACGCCUCGAAGAAGGCUUAAGACAAUCGCAGACGCUGUCAAGCUGCCCGGCCGGAACCAACCUCAGACCGAUAUCCCCCAGCUUGUGUACAACUGGUUGUCCAACGACCGGAACGGCAGAUGGCUCAUUAUCCUCGAUAACGCCGAUGACCGCAACGUACUCUACAGCCCCAUCACCGACGACACGCCGGACAGCAAGCCCUUUGCCACCUACCUACCACAGAACCGAAACGGGUCAAUUCUCAUCACCGCCCGCAACAAAGACCUGGCCUACAGGCUGACCGGGUACCACCAAAACAUCAUCGAAGUCGGGCCCAUGGAGCAGACAGACGCCCUCACGCUUCUGGAGAAUAAUCUGGAAUCGCUCCCGGAUCCAGAUAUCGCGAUCGAUCUCGUGCAUACACUUGAUCUUGUUCCGUUGGCUAUCAGCCAAGCCGCCGCAUACAUACGUCAAAGGGAACCGCGGACCUCGCCGAGCAAGUACCUGGCCGACUUCUGGGCAAGCGAGAAGAGGAAGACACAGCUGCUUGAACACGAUGCUGGGGACCUGCGAAGAGAUGGUGGUGCUCCCAACGCCAUUCUUACCACAUGGCAGAUAUCCUUUGAGCAUAUACGGUCCGAGCGGCCUUCUGCAGCAGACCUCCUCUCGCUCAUGAGCUUCUUUGACCGACAAGGCAUCCCGGGAUGGGUUCUCAACCCUUCUGGAACUGCCAAUCGGGCCAUUAGGCAGGCCAGAGAAGGGAAUUCUGCCGACAGCACCAGUAGCACGGGCGACAAUGCAGACGACGAUACGGGGAGCGAAUUUGAAGACGACCUCGCGAUGUUGAUGAACUACUACCUUAUUGUCGCCGACGAGACAGGGGACAAUUUUGAGAUGCACAAGCUUGUGUAG